AUGCGAGCGCAUCCCACGUUUUACGUUGGUCGGCUUAAGCCGUACCAUCAGUACGCUGCUUCUUCCGAUGAAGAACGCCUUGCGCUCAAGCAUCUCGCAGAGAGCCUUGUGCUCCCGAUGGUGGGCAUCAACAAGGGUCUGAAGAGCAGCUAUCUCAUACCGAGACCGAUCAAGAAUCCACGAGCUACCCUUAGCUCGUCACGCAGAGAUGCCAAAGCUCUCUCGUUCUCUAGCUGA